ACCGUAUAUUCAUUAUACAUCGACUGUAUAAAGUGCUACACAGCUACACCACAGAGUAGAUGACUACUCUCAGUACAAAGAGCGAAAAAUUGCAUCAGUCAGACAGUAGCAUAAACAACUAUUAAACAGAAGCGGUCUUUGUAUCAUUGUAUGGCGUUAUAUUAAAUACGAGAAAAUAUAACCGACAAAAUAACUUGUUGAUCUCUUGACUCGUCAGAGCUCCUUAUUCAAAAGAGAAAGAUGAGGAAAUAGCUGUACAUCGCAACCAUGUUCAAUGCAGUAUUCAAUGCAAUGAGAACUGUACUAGAUCUUAUCAAAACUGCUAUAAACACUGCUAUAUAACUGUGAAUCUAUUGACAUCUAAAAGUGACAUUAUUGAAUACCUGCAAAAAGCUAAAAAUGACUCAUGAAAAGCAACUUGAUCUUGGGAAUAUAAAGUCAAAGAUCAAUGUCUGUCACAAUUAGGUUAAAAUGCGGAAGUGGAUGCGGAAUGGAGCAGAUCCACAGAGCAGAUGCAGAACGGAUAUGGGGAUAAAAUGCGGGCGCUGAAAGAAUGAUGGGAAUAAUCAUAGUUUUAAAUAAGUUUAGUAUAUCAGUAGCCUCAUGGGGAUACUUUCAGUGACAGCUCCCAAUGCCAAAUUAAUGUAGUUUUAGAAUAUACAAAAUUUGGUUGUUCGUGAAACAAUUUAAAUGUUGAGUUGUCGCAUGUAGCAUCACAAUAAAUAAAUUGUAUCAGUUCCACAAACGCAUUAAAAACAAUAGAUGAUGAGAUGAAAUGCCUAUGCUAACUGUUUAACUUUUAUUUCGUAGUGUAAUCCAUCAGCUUUACCAAACAACAAGUCGUCAUGUCAUGCCCAAAUAAGAGCUCUUGCAAUUCAACAUUAAUAAAAGAGUUACGAAGGGCGUGACAAAGAAUUGGUUAUCUCGUAAAAACGUUUUUGAGUAACGUGCCUGCUGUAGCCUAUGCCUACUCUUAUUAUUCCAGGUUGUUGGCGACCCCAUACAGUUCUUGCCGUGUUUUUUCAAUUUGAAACUUUACACUAUCCUUGGAUCCCUAGUUGUUUUUUUAGACAUUUUAGAAUGCAUUUGAGGAAUUUUUUAUUGUUUUGAAAAUACAUGUAUCACCUAUUUUGAAAAUUAUUUGAAACCAUGGUUGUAUUUGUUAUUAAAAAAGUAAGGAAAAAGUGCUAUACCGUUUUUGUAUUUGCUACUUUUCUUUGAGAAAAAGACACAAUAUAAGCUAGAAAAUGUUGUUAAUUUUAGAUAAUAACUGCAUUAAUAUGGCUCAGCUAUAUCGAAAUCCUAAUAUUAAUCAUGGAAUGAACGGCAUAUGUGCUAAAUGUAUAUAUACAUUAAAAAUGUAUGAAAUACUAUCAAAAUGAAGAGAAAAGUGAGAUGAAUAUACUGGUAUAUGGCCGAAAAGAGAAAACCAACGAUACCAAAGUUUAAUCAAACACACUGCAUUUUUAAUUAUAGCUUGAUAAUUUUGAGUGAUUUGUCAACAAACAAUUUCGCUUGACUUUCAAAGGCUAGAUCAUAAAUCGCUAGAAUACUGUUGUUUAGUAAUACUUUUGACAUCCGUAAGUACAAUUUCUUACGCUGAAUUGAACGGUGGUAUUUUUGUCCUUAUUGGGCGCAUAUAACCAGAGAUAAGACAGAGUCCAAGAUUACAUCUGUGAUUACAUGCACAAGUAAAGUUGUACAUUACAUAUCCUACAGUACAUUCUCCUGUCGGCCGCUAGUUGGUCUGCAGUAUGUUAGGAUCGAAACUGCGUUUUAAAGCCUUCAAAAUAGACUGUUUUGGGCUCAAAAUACUAUCAAAAUGAAGCGAAAAGUAAGACGAAUCCUUUGGUGUACGGCAGAAAACGAGCAAACCAACAAUACCGAAGUUAUGAAGGAUCAAACGUACUGCAUUUUUAAUUAUAGUUUAAUAAUUUGACAUCCGUAAGUACAUUUGACAUACGUAAGUACAUUUGACAUAUGUAAGUACAUUUGACAUCCGUAAGUACAUUUGACAUCAGUAAGUACAAUUUCUUACACUGAAUCGAACGGUGAUAUUUUAUUAUGAGCGGCUUGUCUUUCAAAACCCAUGAAUCGCUGGAAAACAAAUUAAAUUAAUCAAUUUUGAAAUCAAUUUCCCAUCCAUAAAUACAACGUUUUAAGGCUAGUUUCCACUCAGGAAAAUUAUCCGUGGAUUGAAACAGACAAGAAAAUUUUUCUUUGUGUUAAAGUCAUUAGUUCCAACUCAGAGCUCACAAGACAAAGAAAAGUGUGAAUUAGUGGAAAUUAGCCUUUACGCUACUUCGAACAGUAGUAUUUUUGUCCAUGUUUGGCACAUAAAACCAGAGAUAAAGCCCAGCAAGCAGUCUGUCCUGAGAGUCCAAGAUUAAUUAAUUUUCCAGCAAAAAUGAAUAAAUUUCAAGCAUGUGCUAGGAAUUUUUACUAGGCGAUUAAGGAAACAUAUUGAUGCGAAUGGACAAACUCACAUGCAGAAUAUAAUGCGGUGCCAAACUUGGGGACCGCAAUUUCAGUAAGUGAGUAAGGUCAUUAUAAGGUGUGUCAAAUUGAUAGUGACGAAGUAUAGCCAGAGACUGAAUUUGGAGACUGAAUUUGUUGAAACGGCUGUAGCUAAAUAAAAAUUGUCCAUCGUCCAAUAAAACCUGGACGAUGGACGUCCAUCGUCCAGUCCAUUGUCCAGGUUUUAGCACAUGCCGGAAUGAACAGCCUACCUGCUUUCAUGGUAUGGCAAGAGCUAUUGCAAUUUCAAAGUAUCUCUCAUCUAUGCAUUCAGGUUUAUAAUAAUAGUGGGUGCAGGAUUUAAUCCCUCUCUUCUGAAUAUGAGAAACUUAACAAUAACAUCAGGCAAGUGAACUACGUAUUGAAGAAAAGCAGCAAUUCUAAUGAUUGGAAAUUUAUAUCUAACCAACAAAGGUUUGAUUUGGCCGUACACUGUCAUUGAAGCUUUUUUUCAAUUCUGAAUUCACAUUCCCAAAAUUUACCAGUUUGCUUAAAAAUGCCUUUUGUCUGUUAUUACAGGUCUAUUAUACAUGCACAUCCACUUGCCAAGAGCCUGAAUCGUCUUCUGGAGGAAGGAAAAAUACCACAGGAUUGCAUAUUUUACAAGUUCUUAGAAAACACCACUGCAUUUGCUCUCAUUGACCCCAACUCGUCAUCAGAUUUCAAAUGGGACGAAGAUUUAUGCGAAUUUUAUGAUACUAUAAAGUAUCUUGGUGGACAACGGACACGUAACUUCAUACGCGGUCCAGGGUUCAUUGGGACAGGAAAGGGUGGCAUCAAAAGGUUUGACACGUUCGCUGAUUUCAAUCUUGGUGGGCCAUCAUCUAAUACAUCUAAGCGUUCUCAAGCAGGGUACACAACAAGAAGUGGCAUCAUUAAACCACAUCUCCAGUCUUUCUUAAAGAUUUGAAAAGAUCCAAGUUCUAAAGCCGAAUGCAUCAUUGAUAAUGCAUUAGUUCAAGUGAUUCCCGCAGCAGCUGCAAUGGACGGGACUGCCCUUAACCCGGGACUUGAAUUUGACACCAGACGAAAGUGUGUCGUUGGUAUGUUGGAAGACGUUUCUCUAGAGUAUGUUAAAGCCCAUCCUGUUCCGAAUGGAAAUUAAGUGAAGGAUAAUCUUGUGACAAGCACAAAUGUACUGCAUGUGAGUGCAAUGGACAACGGAGCAUCUAUGCCGGUUGGUGUCUAUUAUCUUCCAAAAUGUGUUUCUGGUGAGCAGAUUUUCAACAUAAUCCAAGAAGCAGUCGAAGCCAUUCAAAUCUGUGAAAGGUGCCUUGCCAGACAACGAUCUACGCAACACAUAAUUUCCCAUAGAGAUUCAAACUGUUCUAGUAUCUGUGAACAUUGUUUGGAAAACUCAGAAGUCUGUGCCGACUGUGCUGUUCAAAGACAAGUUAGUCAUAUCCCAUCUCUCCGGGCAUGUUCUAAUUGUAUCGCUGAUGGAGCAAAGUGUACUCGAACAGUUGUCUUAGUUGUGGUAUCCGACUGUGAGAGCUGCAACAAGAAAGCCCUAAUUCGACUGAACAAGAUGCGAAAAGAGGGUUCUCUUCCACCUGCAUUGUCACUCCUAGUCAUCCUUCCAGACGUUGUACACGUUGGAAAAAGCAUUAAGUGUAGCUGGGCGAAUUGGUAUAUUUUACUAAAUGAGCAGAGAAGCAACUUGGUCCUCCUUCGAACUUUACGUGAUUGCAAGAAGUCUGAGGUUGGAAAGAAAUUGAGAAAGCUUCUUACACUGGAAUCUGUCCGGAAUAAGGACAGGAUGGAUGUUAGUUGUAUUGUAUUGCUUACACGGUCUGAUGUAAUCGAAGCUAUCGAAGAUGUUCAGUUUGUAGUCCACACAUUGGCACCGGAGAAGUACCGCUUUUGGAAGAGUAACAUGCCCAGAAUGUAUCCACAUCCAGUUGCCAUUACAGUUGGUCCCUUUGGGAAGCUUCUGGUAUUAGACUAUGACCCGGAAAAGAAAUUGUCCAAGUUGCUGCUCCUACGACUACACAACCCUGUCGAUGUCACAGUGCUUGUAUCAAACCUUGUUGAGGGGAGAAGCGUCAGUUUCUCUGAAGGAGUAGCAUAUAUUGCAGAAAGAGGUGCUCAAAGAGUGAGAUUUGUUGAUAUGGAAAAUGUUGUAGUCCUCAAAGUCAGUGCAUUGCGAUCUAAGGCGCAGAUGGUGGAACAUCUCAAAAAACGUUCCCUUCCGAUAGUUGGGACACUUCCAGAGUUGAGGAAGAGGCUGGAAUUACAUUUGAAGAAUAUAUCCAAACAUCUUAAGAUGAAAUGUGUUGUCAACUUGGAGACCAAGCUACACAAACCUUCAGCACUUUGCUUUGCAACACCUGGUAUCCUUGUUUGUGCCGAUGAUGGCUCUAAAAACAUACUCCAGAUAGAAUUAUCUCGAGAUGGUAUUACAGUGAAUGGAAAAGUAUUUCAAGAAACACAGUAUCCACCUGCCGUCAUUGCCAUCAGGGCACUCACACAUAUUAAUGGUAAUGUGUACUUCGCUGGCAGCAUAGAUAAGGCUAUCGACCCUGACGGUGACGCUGAUGGAGGAAUAUUCAAACUCGACCUUGUCAGUCUCUGUGUCACGAAAGUAAUAGAGGUACAUUCCUCUUGUGGAAUAUCAGCAUAUGGCAACAACCUAAUUUUCAACGACCAGAACCAGGUUAAGAUGUUUAAUCCUGUGGACGGAGUCGAGUCAGUAGUGGCUGGUUCAGGACGGUGUGGAAACGAAGAUGGACCCGCAGACUACGCAUCAUUUACGCAACUACAGGGAAUCUGCUCCGAGAGUAACACAAUGUAUAUUACUGAUUCCGCUACAGGCUGUAUCAAGAUGAUCACAAGGCUGUCAGGGACUGCUGAGUUUUUGAAACAACUUGGUAGGUUGUACGAUUCAUUUGAAAUCCAUGCUCGGGUCGCUAGUGCCAGACAAUCUACCACUAUUAGUAUCUCCGAUGCUACUUCUAGCGUUGCCGAAGUGGCUGCUUUCAUGGAAGAAUCAGUAAAAAAGGUCAAAGUCAAUCAUGAUCUUGCAAACAAAUCAACCAACGGACCUGAAGGAACCAUAUCCAAUCAGACUCAGGAAACGAUAAAGUUGCUCGUGGAAGGAAUGGAAGCUUUAAACAGAAUCUUUAAAGACUUUCCAAACUAUGAACUAGAUAUAUCAACACUUCUCUCCACUGUGGUGGAGAAUCUUCAUGCCGUAUCACAUUUCAAAAGUGAUACAUUCAGCUACCUGAAAUACGCCAUGGACUUCGGGUCUAUUGUUAAAGAAUCAUUGAAAAGAACCACCAAUUGGUCUGCAAAGUACUUCACCCAUCCACGCUCUUACUACCCUGUUCCAGUCAACCACAUGAAGUUGUCUGAUGCUGUUUACAUGACACCUUUGCCUUCGAUAACGAUGUCUCAUGAAGACCAACAGCUUAUGAGAGAUUGGUUGGAACCGUAUCGACCUGUGCGCCAACGCACAGUAAGAAGCGAAACUACAAAAGAUAAAGCCGGUGCUCUUCCACCUAACGUGUAUGUGAACGCAUCCACUGCAUUUCAAACAGUUGAUUUUGAUACUGACGCUGAUUGUGGAAUGUCGGUAGAGGCUGACCUCGCAGACAUCAGAAGUGGAUUGCAGGAAACAGAAUCAACGCAAGCUAAUGAACAAUGCGAGGAAGUUAACCCCGAAGAUCGGCCUACAAGAGAUACUACAGCUAUACCCCCAACAACCUCAACACAAGUGGCCCAAAUGCCGGGGGAAGAUGGUCAAGUGGACGAAUACGAAACAGAUAGCGAUUGUGACCAAACAGAAGUCAAUGGGGCGGGUCUUGAUUCAGAUGAACUUGCACUUAUUCGUGUUCAGUCAAGAAGAACCUCUCGAUCAGGACGAACACUACGAGCAGCA